GGAGGCUGGUUAGAUCUGAAGGCGAUGAUUGAGAAGGUGACUGGAAAGAAUGCCUUGGUGAACUAUGGCUUCUAUGGCUGCUAUUGUGGCUGGGGUGGCCGAGGGACCCCCAAGGAUGCCACUGACUGGUGUUGUUGGGUGCAUGACCACUGCUAUGGCCGGCUGGAGGAGAAAAGCUGCAACAUCAGGACCCAGUCUUACCAGUAUAGAAUUGCACGAGGCAUGGUCGCCUGUGAACAUGGGUCCUUCUGCCAGAUGCAACUCUGUGCUUGUGACCGGAAGCUUGUCUACUGCCUGAGGAGAAACCUAUGGAGCUAUAACCCCAGCUACCGAUACUUCCCCAACGUCUUCUGCUUCUAG